GUGAGGCAGGCGGAGGAUCAGUGUGUUUAUACUCUCUGACCAGCUUCUCUCUUAGUUCCUUAUGGAGUGUAUUUGGCAGUAGAAUGAGAUUGUCGGUGCCAAACCUGUAAUACGCUGUUUUUAUCACAAAUCGCUUGUUCCCCAUAAUGUUCCUUUGGGAUUGGAUCACUGGUGUUCUGGGAUAUCUUGGUCUCUGGAAGAAGAGUGGGAAGCUUCUGUUUCUGGGUUUAGACAAUGCAGGAAAGACAACGUUGCUUCACAUGCUGAAAGAUGAUCGCAUGGCCCAGCAUGUACCCACACUCCAUCCAACAUCGGAGGAACUGAGCAUAGGACAAAUAAAAUUUACCACAUUUGACCUGGGUGGCCAUCACCAAGCAAGGAGAGUGUGGAAGGACUAUUUCCCUGCAGUAGAUGCCAUUGUCUUCCUUAUAGAUGCAGCAGACAGAGGCAGAUUUGCAGAAUCUAAGGCUGAAUUGGAUUCACUUUUGACGGAUGACCAGCUUUCGAAUGUUCCUAUUGUUAUCCUGGGCAACAAGAUUGAUGUAGCUGGUGCUGCUUCAGAGGAUGAGCUCAGGCACUACUUCGGUCUCUUUGGUCAAACGACAGGAAAGAACAAAAUUCCACGUAAUGAACUUCCUGGUCGCCCACUUGAGCUUUUUAUGUGCUCGGUUCUGAAGCGGCAAGGAUAUGGUGAAGGUUUUCGCUGGAUUGCAAAUUACAUUGAUUAGAUUGGUGGAAGUGGCCUGGACCAUGGUAUGGUGGUAGUGAUAUUGAACACGUUAUGCUAAUUCAUAUCACCAAUCAGCACUUGGUGAUUUGGGAGACAUAAGACCUAUGGUAAACUGAAACAAGUGCUGCCAUAACUGCGGUGUGCGGCAUGUUCUUUUAUGAAACUCGGACACCAAGUUAUAUCUAUGCUCCGUUAUGUGAUGGAAUCUUAAAUGUAAUGCUGGAUUGUAGCUGGUCAGUGGAGAAUCGAUUUUUGUAUGUGUAGCUUACCGGCCCAGACUCCCUACCUAACUGCCAUUCUGACCUUUACAUGAUCCAUUCCCAUGUUUUGUAGGUUUGACUUAUUAUUUUAGCUUCGAAACGUUAUAUUAACAAUUUUUGUAAUAGAAUUUGUGAUGUCUUGAAAUAUUAAGGCUGAAUUUCAUAAUUCUAGCAAAUUGUCAUUAGAGCAGAAAUUUAUGGGUUGUAAGUUAUAAUUUUAUAGGUAAUGCAAUGUAGCUCAGUGAUAAAAUUUAAAUAAGCCGUUUUUAUAUAAUUGGUGGUCCAGAUAUUUGGUAGUAAAUCUGCAAAAUGUAAUUUAUAAAAUUCUGGCCAUUUAUUUGUAUCCUUCCUCGGAGGAGUGUUGGCCACAUGCGUCUCUUCCAUUGUGGUGCAAGUGAUUAUAUUUUUGUGGCAGAGCUGUCCUUGGAUGCAUGGAUGACCACUUGGAAGACCUGUCAGAUGAAUGAAGCAUCAAUACUGUUAUGAAAUUAUUUAUAACCUCAGUUGUAGUGUUAAGUUAGAGCUUCAUGUGCUGCUUCUCUUAGGUAUGAAGCUUGAAAGCAUUGCGCGCUCCUCAGUUAGUGAUGGAAAAUGUAAUUUUCAGGUUUCUGUUAAGUAAUCUUUAUAUAAUAAAAUGUUAAAUUCCUUA